AAUUAGUUCCUCCCGAAUCUUUAUUGGAUGACACUUCACAAAGUGGAACUGGGGAAAAGUUCCUGUGGCCCUCUGGAAGGGUAACCUCGUUUUGCCUGGCGGCUCAUUACGCCUGAGCGUUGAUUACACCUAAGCUUCGUCUGCGGACGAGGAUUUAAAAUAGGUUUGGCAGCUCUGUGACAGGCUACACCCGACACCCUGAGCUGGCAUAUCCACCCUCCUAACUGUACGUUAUUUGUACCUUAAAUCUCUGCUUGUGAGGAAAGAGCACUUCACAUACAGCCCCUGAGCAGAAAGCCUCGUCGCCAACGCUUGGGGUCAAAUUCAGGUGUACCUCGCUCUAACUCCAUUUACUUUUGCAGGGAAAGGCUCGCCCUGUUAAGUGACUUCAUUGAACUUUACAGGCCAGCACUUGAAAAAAAGGUGUUUCUGACAGGUGAAGGUGAACAUCCCAAAGGAAAGAACAAAUGCCUUGCUUUGAUUUUACUUUUUCUUUGCUAUGAGACUGUACAGCUUUGUCUGCAGCCCGUGUAUCCUGAUUCACAGACCGGUGGUGUUUUACUCUCAGGCAGGGGUGGUCAAAUACCGUAUUUUAAAUAAAUAACAGUAUCUUCUAAAUCUGUUGACAUCCCAAACAGCUGACUUCCUCAGCUGAAACAGCAUAGGUUUUCCAUGUCUACCCUGUGGACGUCCUUGUAGUUAAGAGAUUUUAAGUUCUGUGUUCUACCGAGUCUUGUAACAGCCCUAAUGCAUUUUCAGCAACAGCUUACAGGGAGUAGUGUCAAACUGUUCACCCACUGUUUUUACUUAACGCACAAUUAAUGAAACAUGAGUUUUAUCUUUUCCCGUAAAAGCUGAACGCUUUAACAUAAGGUUCAUAGUUUUGUUGUCUGUUCCACCUCCCAACUCUUUUGCAUUUUGUCUUUCUCCCUUCUCAUAGUCCCUGGCAUAUUGUUCGCUGUGUCGUCGUUCUCCAACAUUUCCCGUUUUCCAUCCUGCUCAGGCCAGAUGGCUCCACUGCUGGCUUCAACCCGCAAAGGCGACUUUGGCUUCCUAGUCUCGAUCCUCACCUUCUGCAUUCUUCCUGGACUUCAGCUCCUUCCCUUGACCUUUCAGCUCCCGCGUGCUGGGGGGGUUUGGAGAGCCGCGCAAGAAGCGGGGUGCGAGGGGAGGCAGCUCACACGUGCCCGCCAGCAGCCCGGGCACGGGGGGCACUGGCUGGGAGGAAGGCAGCAGGGCUGGUGUGGCUGCAUUGCUCGCGGGGAUGGGGGAGGCAGCUCCGGAAUCCCCCCCCACCUUGCCUCCUUUCUGCUGCCUGCCUCCAAGCUGCGCCUCGUCCGGAGAAAUCCGCGUGUUUUCCAGAUUCAAAGCUCUUUACUAAAAUCAAUUGAAGGAAGGUGAGAAAGGGAAACUGUUCUGAUGUAAGAAUCACACGCGUAGUGGUUCCUUCACAGUAGAAUAAAGUGAUGAUAGGAUCUGAGGCGGGCCAAAAUGGAGAUCUACUAUAGCUUCGUGCAUACCUGAAAUGACACAUUGUCCUUUGGAGAACGCAUCUCCUCAUGACUGAAGAAACAGUGAUGCACCCUCCAACACAUCUAGCAGCUGAACAGAAGGCAGGUAAGCUCCAUGUCCAUCUCCCACGUCCAGUGUUGUCAGGCAGCUAAUAAAGAUCCCUGUGGCUCUCUGCUGCCAAGAUGUCCAGUAACACGCUUCCCUGUUUGUGCAUGGAACCCAGGUUCCCUUUGUAGGCCCUUGAUAUCCUCACCAACAAGGAGCUUCAUUGAUUCAUUCCCAGAGGCUUCCAGUUUCAUGAGGGGGGCUCGUGUGUUGGCAAGGAGAGAAGCUGACGGCUAUUACUACCUGGGCCACCUAGCCCAAGAGGUGAAGGGCUCCAGGGAACAUUUUUUGAUUGAGUUUGACAAAAGUCGCGCUCUGAAAGGCAAGGUGCAGCUUGGCGUGCAGGAAACGCCUCUCUAUGACAUUCUCCACUACGAAGAUGCCAGGCAACAGCCUCUUGCUCCAGGCGACAGGGUCUUGGCACCAUGGGAGGCUCAAGCUGAACGUUUUGGCCCGGGCACGGUGCUAAAGGUUAUGGAGAGCGAGGAGGCACGUUUAGCCCAAACCAGAAGGAGAGUGCUUGUGAAUUUCUGGAACGGGCAGACGAAGGAGGUGUCUUCUGACCAAGCUCUGCGGAUUCCUCUGCCCUUAAGUGAACGCAUCAUCCUAGAAGUGCAGAUGCCUUUAGCAGCCAGGCAGAUGGUGGUAGAUUCGAGCUUGGAUUACCCAUAUGUUGUGGCCCCGGGUUAUAGAGCCUCAGGCCAGAGCAGACAGGGUCACUCGGACCUGGACCACUGGCCGAGGGGUCUGUGCUCGACUCAGCCGUGCGCGAAGUGCAGCUGUAGCUGUACCUCGCUUCCCCACUGCUGCCUUGCAGCCUGGGAACCUACGCAGCCUACGGGGUGCAAAGUGCAGCAGGAAGGUGCCUUCGUCCCGGGAACAAGCUUGACUAAAGAAGAGCUCAGCAAGAAAAUAGAAGAACAGCUGUCUGAAGUAAGGAUUUCAUUUUCAGAAAGCGUUUCCGGAGAGGAAGAGAAGAAGGAAGAGAAGAGAUUGAAGACAGAAAGUGUUCCAAAAGGUGUUCAGUGCUGUUUGGAAGAGGACCAUGAGGUUAUAGAACCGAAGAAGAGUCCUCAGGAGGAGAUGGCUCAUGCUAUGGUUGAUCCUGCUGUCAACACAGACAGCUGGGUAACAGAGGCAGCCCACGAGGAAGAAGCAGACAGCAGACAGCAGGAUGCUGAAACUGAGGCUCAUGUUAAACACGAAUACGGUCUUUUUAAGUCCAGAGUGGCAGAAGCUCCAAUCCAGCAUUCCAAAAGGAGCCCUUCCCUGGGAACCAGUGCUUUGGUUCCUUUCAGGCACCAAAGCUUAUUUGACCGAGUGAAUCAAUCACUGGAGAAAGACAGCCUGACCAUCAAAUCAGCUCUACGUGUACAGAGAUCACACAGUACCUCCAAUGUGCAGGCUAGGAGAUCCACAAAUCUCAAUCUUCUAAAAGACAAAAGUAUUACAAAAUCAAUCCUUACUGGUGCAUCUCAGGAGAGAUGGAAUGAGAUGGACUUCAACGGAGCCAAGAUUGAGCACAAAAGGUGGCAAGAGGAACAGAGGCAGCUGAAGAGGGAGCAGCAGCAAGAGGCAGAUGGCAUCCGACGCCAGCUGCGCAGGGAGAACCAGAGGCAGCCAUUGCAUCAGAGAACAUUGCAAGGGCUGGAGAAACAGCUGGAGCACAAAGACCAAGCUUUGCAGCACAUGGCACUGCUCCAGGCUGCUGGGGCAGAGAGGAGCAGGAAGGGAUCCUCCUUGCCAGAGGAGGGGAAGAAGGCAAGUCAGAGGCUGCGGUUUGUAAAGACACAGCAUUUGCAGAGAGAGUUGUUGCAGGCAGAACGCAACGAAAGACACUUUGAACAAGAGAAAGAAAAGCUGGAUUUUCUCAGGAGCAGAAUGCAGUCCCGGCAGGAAAUGUUGGAACAAGAAUCACGGGACCAGAACAGGCAACAAAACCAGCACCGGGCUGCCAGAGGGAGAGUGUUCCAGAGCAGAGACCGCUCACACCAAAAAAUGGAAAAAGAAGGCCAAAAACUCGGUGACCUCCAGCAGUACCUCAGAGAACAGAAUCUUUUGAUGCUCCGGGCAUCCCUGCUAGCGUAGGAAGCUGCAGAGUGGCUAAGCAGGCCCUUGAGCAGUUCACAGACCUGCUCUGUAUCCUGUAGGCGUGAGUCACUGAGUGCUUGAGUGCAGUUGUGACAAGUGGAAUGAUGAGUCCUGGAGACAUCUUCAAUCUCCUUCUCAUCGCAACCAGGCUGCAUUUUCACUGCUCCAUCCUUUACGUACCUUUCUUUCUGGAGUUACUGCUCCAGAGAGCCCACCUCUGUCGAACUGUUCUUCUGUGACCCUGCUACCAAGAGCUACCUCGGUGUUUCAUAUCUAUUGAAUAACAUUUAAUAUCACAGCCACAGUGCUGAGUUUUUGCUCCCAAGGCAUCUGAAGGGGGCAGCUCUUUCCCUAGGACUCACUCCAAGGAGUCAGCUCUCACAGUGCUGGGUGUUGUAGUCUGAGGCUGGUGAAAGUGUCAUAGGGCAACCCAGAGCGGAGCAACAGAGGACCUAGGAGUUAGUUACAGAAGUGACUGGAAGGGCACAAGAUCCAGAGCCUGGCAGAGGGGCGUCAGCUUGUAGCUGCUUGCAAGAUGCAAAUGAAAGCAAGCAGCUAGUUAAGUGAGGGCAUGGGCCAUACACUAAAGGAGGAGGCGAAGAACAAGAAUGAAGGUCAGGAGAAAUGCCCUGGGAAGGAGUGCCUCAAGUAAAGUGGUGCAAGCCCAGGCACAGGUUUAUGUCCUGCUGAUACAAGCCUGCAGGGAAGUAAAAUACGGGCCUGAAAAGGCUUCUGCUGCUGAAUACUGGGAACCUUCUGCCCUGCUGUGUUUCUUCCAGAGCAGCACCAGAAGAGUGUAUUUCUUUAGGGUCAAGUACCACAUAAAAUAGGACGUGUACUUAUGUUAGGCUGUCACAUGGCUUACUUGAUACGUUAACGUUACAUUAAAUAGGGGGAAAGAGAGCUGAAUACCAGCUGGAUGUUAAAAAACCCCCAAACCUGCAGCACUGAAAAUGUACACGCUAAAAUAACAAUGUAAAUUAUCCACUGCAUUUCCAUUAUUGACAACUGACUCUUCCAAGUCAGUCAAGAUCCACAGGGAAGAAGUCCCCAUAUAUACGAGACAGUUGUGCUACUUCCUGCCAAAACUGCUGUAGGGGACAGAGCAGGGACCCAGUGACACGAGAGGUGCUUCAGAAAACCUGGUAAGACAACUUGGAACCCUCCAGCUUGCGCUGCAGGUAAGUGUAGCUUUUCUGCUGUCAGAGCGUACGUACUGCUCGGAAUACCCAGGCCACUCCCCUGGAGGAGGAAUGACUGAGAGAAGCCCAAAAUGCAAAAAGGAAGAUUUUUGAUUUUGGUGACAAGUCGCCCUUUCUAGGCACUGUGAUGAGAAAAACAUCUGUUCUGUGAACUACCUGUCUUCGGAGAAGCACCAAACCCAACAGUGGGCUUGGGGGCUCUGUUUUGCCUACAAUGACGCUUGCAGGCUGGCAGUCUCUAAAACCAGGCAAUCUUCCCAUCAGAAAGAUACUCGGAUAUCUUUGCAGGUAGGGCGCCUGGUCGGAAUAACCAGACUUUUUGUUCACCACGAAUAAACGAGGGGAAUGCUACCAAGGCAAAUGAAUCGAUAAACUGACAGUUAACAAAUGGUGUAUGAAUCCAAGGGAGCCAGCAGCGCUGUAGGAAAAAGAGUUCCCUGUUCAGGCUGUCGGGUAAAACGUGGUUACCACCUGGAGUCCGCAAUGCAACUUGCUCACGACUGUCCAGGUGCGUUUCUGACUUUCCUUAGUGAAGCACGGGGCAUCAGCCACACCUGGGGACAAGCUACCAGCCUCUCCCCUUCCCUGAAAGGGCACAGCAAGGCACUUCAAGAGACAAUUUUCUGCAACGGGAAAGGAGAGAAGGUUGAAUGCAUUGUCCUUGGAUGAGUGAAGGUGCCUUCAUUCACACAGAGGAGGAGGAGGUUAUGCUUGUCACAUCUUCACCAGAGGCACAAAAUACAGCUGCUGUGUCACAGAGGAUGCUAUUAUCAGCUUUGAGUAGCUGGAAACGUAGCUGCUGUUCUCAUGUGGGGAUUUAGGAAAGGAGAAUGGACACGGCCCAAUUUAUUUGCUGGAGCAGUCAGAGCUAUAUUUAAGGAUGUCCUUAUUUUACACAAAAUUAUGUUAAAAUAUAUAUAAUACUUGCAAUACCUUAAGUAACACCUAAAACCAAACUAGAUACAAAAUUUAAAAGUUGUUGCCUGACAUUCUGGGUCCACUUAGAAAUACUUUACACGUUUUCUGGCACAUCACUCAGCAAAAAGCCUAAGUAAAGUAUUACAGAAAUUCACCCUUUUUACAGGAACACAGCACCAGUGACAAGAGCAGUUUCUAAAAACCAAUCUAAAAAUUAAGAAAACUUUUAGAAGGGAGCCUCUUUGAAAUUCUGCCAAAUCUUUCGAAUGGCCAGCAGUUUCUUAGCAAUAAAUCGCAGGCUGUGUUCCUCCAGAGAUAACUGAGAGGCUGUCUUCAGCUUUCCCCAAAGAGGCAGUUAAACUUAAGUCUCCCAUCCAGAUGUUUACAAACUAUUCUAAGCUAAAUAAUUCAAUUUAAAAAUUACAAACUAUUCUAAUAGCUAAAAGUGGUAUUCUUAACUUUAGGAUCCAUAAUAUACAUGAACCUUCCUGAGAUUUUUGAUUAAAAAAAAAAAAAAAAAAACACAAACCAGGGAAGGGAAGGAAAGAUGACCCUACAUAUAAGGGGAAGGCUUUGCCAUUUUGUUUGUUUAAAUUCAGGUCUGAGAAAAUUCUAACUUGCUGCCUAUAUGGAAACUACAUGUGGAACACAGUUUUUUCAUUUCAGACAUGAAAUUCUAUUUUUUGGGUUAAGCUCUGUUUAGCCUCUGGAAAAGUUGGCUGAAACUUGCUCAGCAAAUUGUGCCCAAGACCUACCUAACUGCUGGACUCAGCCCAGGCCUUGGAGGGCUGUGCCUGCCGCCCCCUCUGCCCCCCCAGCUCGAUGGAAACGGGAGGGAGCAGGCACAGUCCUGAGGGAGAGCUAGCGCAGGCAGCCCGGGGAGAUUCUUCUUUAAUGUAAAGUUUUGAGGCUUGCUUGCUUUUCUUCUUUUUUGAGUUCUUUUACACAAAAUCACCUGCUUAGGUAGAACAGUGUACCUAGUUAUAAGUCUAACUAGACUCAGAGAAACAAGCCUAAAACUUAAUAGACUCUAACUGCUGCUUUCAUCCUUCAGCAUUUGGAAAUGGAUAUGUAAUGAUUAAAGGAAAGUACAUGAAAUAUUGAGCAGAGUGUAAACUUAUGUUUCAGACUUCAGUCAUAUAUCAUUAAUCAUUAUUUUAUAGUCGCCAUAAACCAGGAGAUUGUCUGCUUAUGUACUUUCUCUUCAUUGCUUAACCAUCUGAAAACAGACCACUGCAGCCACCCUGUGCUGCUGCAGUUUCACAUACAGUAUAUCUGGGAAUAUAUCUAGUAUUACAGUUUUUCCAGUCAUUCAUAGACUGUGUUUCUCACUAUUAAAAUACAGCCAUAAAAUAAUUUUAAUACUACUAAUAAAAUAACUGGUGGUAAAAGCCAUGUAUGAUCUAGCUCUUCUGCUGGCUUCAUUUAAUUUUAAACAUUCACAAUCUAUUUUCUAUCCAUUAGGAAAAUGCUUUGACUCCUCGUUCUGCAAACUCCUGGAAACAAAACUCAAGCACUUGCAUAUUAGUUAAGGAUUUGAGUUGACUAGCAUGAGACUAGGGAGUGGGGUGGAAGGUGGUAGGAAGGAAGUACACAGAACAAAACCUUUUUUUUUUUAAUGUUCAAAAGAAACUAAGACCAGUACAAAUAUUCCCCAAAGUUGUUUUUAUUAUGGAAUUAGAUUUUAUGCUUAGGCAAAUAUUUUCUUUUGCUGUUUAUAAUCCAAACUUCUAUAGUAUUGUGCUAGAAUAUGGAAGUUUGAAAAAUCAGAUUGACUUGUCUGUUUUUAUCAUCCAAAAUGACUAACAGACCACUCCAUGCAGGACAUCAGGACACUUCUACAAUAAAAAUAGAAGUUAAAAGUA